AUGUGUGACCAGCACAAGCUGCUGGUCAUGGACUGGAGAAUCAGGAAGGUGAAAAGGAGAAAGGUUGAGGGUAAAGGCAAGUUAUGGAAGUUACGAUCGAAUGAAAGGAAGCAGUGUUUCCGUGACGAAAUUACGACAUUGAAUGUUGAGGCAGCGGAGAAGGUAUGUUGUAGAAGUAAAGGCGGUGUAGUAGAAGAACAGGCAUGGUGGUGGGAUCAACGAGUCAGCGAAGUGAUUGGCGCGAAGAAGUUGGCAUUUAAAAGGUGGAGAAAGUCGCGGACUGAAGCAGAUAGGAUCGAUUACACCCGGUUCAAGAAAAAGGCGCGAAAGGAGGUGGCUAAAGCGAUAGAAAGGCAUCAGAAAGAGCUUCUCGUAAAAAUGCAGGAGAAUGGACGAAAAGCGUUGUUUAGAACUGCUAGAAGGAGCAAGAAGGAGAGGAACGAUAUUUUGGGUGCUCCCGGCGUGCAGAACCACGAUGGGGAGUUGAAGGUGUUAUUGGAAGACAGGUUAGAAGUGUGGAGGGCGUACUGUGACCGUUUGAUGAAUGUAGAGAAUGAGUGGAAUGGAGAAGUUGAAGCGGAUGAAGUUUUGGGGCCGUGGGAAAUAGUGACUGUUGAUGAGGUGGCGGCGGCUCUGCGCAAGAUGAAGAAAGGAAAGGCGACGGGACAGAGUGAAGUGGGUAGCGAAAUGUUGGACAAUGAGCUAUGCGUGAGAGAGUUGUGUAAUGUAGCGAAAGAGGUUUUGAGGGGCUCAAAGAUGCCGAGUACAUGGAGAAAGAGUCUAGUGGUCCCGCUGUACAAAGGAAAAGGAGCAGCGACGGUAUGUGGGAAUUACAGGACUAUUAAGCUGAUUGAGCAUGCGUUGAAGAUAGUAGAGAGAGUGUUUGAAAGAAGGUUGAGGGAAGUUGUUCGGAUGGGGAAGAGCAAUUUGGAGAAGGCGUUUGAUAGAGUUCCGAGAAAGGUGAUCGAGUACGCGCUGCGUAAGAAAGGUGUGACAGAGAAUAUGGUUCGGGCAGUUAUGGAGACUUAUGAAGGUGUAGAGGCGGUGGUUACGGAGGAAGGUGUUAGAUCUGGUGUUUUUGAGGUAAAAGUUGGUGUUCAUCAAGGUUCAGUCUUGUCGCCAUUACUGUUUGCUUGUGUGAUGGAUGUACUGACAGAGGGAGUGAGAAGAAAAGGAUGCUGGUGUUUGUUGUAUGCAGAUGACAUUGUCUUGGUGUCGGAGUCGAAGCAGAAAGUCAUGGAAUGGUACCGAGAAUGGAAAACGGCAAUAGAAGUCAAGGGACUGAAAGUGAAUGAGGCAAAGACGAAGGGCAUGAGAUGCUCGAGGCAGGUGGAGGUGAAGGACAGUGGAUGUGUGGGAAAAGAGUUGGAGUGA